AUGGCACGUGGUGACUGUUGCCCGGAUGUAUACUUUGCUCUACCCCCAAUGGCUUGUGUUAAUACCACACUCCUAAUAACAACUAGUCCGACAUUCAACCUUGAACCAAAGCCUCCAUCAUAUGAAGUUGUGAACUCGUGCCCACCCGGAGCCGGAAACAAAGACCGAAAUCUAUGUGAGAAAACAUACACAAUAAAGGAACUUCUUACUCGUCCACCAGUUGCUUCAACAACAUUCCCAGUCAGUUAUAGAAACAAGCAUUGCGCCAAAUGCAACGGUGAAAAUGCCACCACAAACUGGAUUCUCGAUAUCGAUUGUCUUGUGUUUGCUGACUUCAAUUUUUUGUCGACAUAUGAGGAAAUAAUUGAUCUAGCUCGAAAACGACAAUGUCGAAUGAGAUAUUCCCCCAUGCAUAGUUCGGCCCGGCCAUGUAACCUUACCAUAAACGACAAUGAUUUGAUCAUUCGUUCUUGUAACGUUACCGGAUCUUGGGAAAUGUUCGACCACACGAUAGAAUUGGCAUGCGAGUCCACCUAUCACUUACAGUUCCGUGAAUACAAAAACGUGUUUUGUUACAUGUGCAAUCCACAUAGUCAUAUGUCUGAUGACGUCAUCGACCAAUGCAAUACGACCGGCAUGUGGUAUCCCUAUGAUGCAGGUUUAAAACGCGCUUGUAUGUACCAUUCGACUUCACAAAAUACUCGUCCAUUCAAAAACAUAUUCUGUUAUCUUUGUAACCGGAUAGCCAAUGACAAUGAGACGUUUUAUGACGUCACCACCAACAUAUCAGACAUCAUAUUAAAGUCUGACAGACAUAAUGUAUACGAUUACGUGAUACGAACGGGACAACUUCGACCAGAACACAUUCGUUAUACCUUCAUAGAGCUCCAAAAUAAUAUGGUUCAAAAUAAUUCCGACUGGCAUUUUUAUCCUCAUGGUUACAGCGAAACUGAUCUAGUCAUAAAGAAGAAAGACGUCCAGUUGAACGUGACCAACCUGGUAUACAAACAGUUUGCAGUUCGUCCGUUCGAUCAGUUUUGUGAUAAGACUAUAAUCCCUCUUCAGUAUGUUUUGGUAUAUUUUCGUACAUGUACGUGCCGACCGACCUGCCUGUUUCAGUUUGAUGGGAUUUGCUGUCUUGACUUCGCCUUGACAUACCCGGUGUCUUGUAUGGAUAAUUAUGUUCCACAAGCAGCAAAUUCUAAGAAACAGUUUCUAGUAACGGAUGGGUGCUGGCAAAACAGAGGACAUCCUACCAUCAGAAAUCGUUGCGUUUCGGAUAAUCAGACCGACCUGAUAUCAUUUCUUCCUUUGAUUAAAAGGUUCGACAAUACAUAUUACAAGAACUUUGAUUGCUAUCUCUGUAAUGCAAAUGUCGACGAAAUAUAUCCCACAUAUAGAAUUGAAAACAUAGUAACGAGUGAUUUCUAUCUUUUAUCUGACAUUCAUAUCAUAUGUGAUUCUGUUUUAGAUUAUAUUCACCUUGUUUCGUUCAUGGAUGUGAUCAAUCUGUCAAAAAACAUUAAUUGUUCCGUCAGAUUUGAUUUGCACAAUCCAUAUAAUCCCGAUGUGAAAUGCUCUACUAGUUCAAAAUCAGAUGCGAUCGAUAAAUGCAACGUCACGGGAAACUGGCCAGUAUACGACCCGGAUGUUAUUUGGGCAUGUGAAGAAGCUUCCUCCAAUAGCUUACCUGGAUAUAAAAAAUUUAAAAACUUUUAUUGCUACCUGUGCAAUCCGGAAAACUCCGUCACAGGUGUCAUUUCAUCCUGCAACGAGACUGGCCAAUGGCAGAAAUACAAUAUUAACCACGAGAAAGCUUGUCAUCUUUUCCCUCGUAUAUACAGCUACCCACAUUACAAAAACUUAUUUUGUGAACUUUGUAAUUCGGCUACGAUCCCUAAUAUAACAGGAAACGUUAUGGACGACGUAAGUGAUACGGACAAUAAGGGACCCACACUUCCGUUACCUCCUUUUGAUGUAACCUUCCGGUCUAUAUUUUCAGUGGCUGAAUAUGAUGAUACGGUGCCGGAAGUGGAAGGAGAAAGGUGUCGCAAAGACCAAAUUUACGACUAUUGGCAGGUAGGAUUUUUUAAAACAGAUUUUGAAUAA